AUGAAUAAUUUUAAAUAGUAAGGCAUAAAAUAAAAAAUAGCUUAAAAUGAUUUGGAUGCAAAUAUAUCUUCAUUUCAAUUUUAAGGAUUAUUUGCAAAUGUUUAAAAAUACAAGUAUAUUCAAGAUAAUUUAAAAAUAGAUUUCAGAAUUAAGAGAAAUAGCUAUCAAUGAUAAAUUAAGAGAAAAAAUUGUUUUAAUACAGUUUAAUAGCCAAAAGUACAAAAAAAUAGGAAGAAAAUUGCUAUGCUAUCGAAAUAAAUUAAGAUAUGACUCUAAUAAUUUUUGGGUGUAAUAAUAAAAUAAAAGUUAAUUCAUUUGAUUCAGGAAACUUUAAAGAAAUUUAAACUCUUGAAGGGCAUACUGAUAAUGUAACGACAUUAAAUUUUUUGAAUGAAUUGAAUAAUAUUAUAUCUGGUAGUGAUGAUAAAUAGAUAAUUAUUUGGUAAUAAAAUCAAUAAUAAUUAUGGGGUAUAUUGUAGAUAUUAGAAGGACAUUCAGGGUAAAUCAAUUGUGUAUUAAUAAAUUAUUCACAUAAUCUUAUUAUUUCUUGUAGUUGGGAUAAAACUAUUAAAUUUUGGAUAAAAUAGAAUAAUUGGAAAUGUUAUUAAACUAUAUCAGAGCAUACUAGUGCUGUGUUUUAAUUAAGUUUGAAUGAUGCUUAAAAUAAAUUAAUCUCUUGUGGAAUCGAUCAAUUUAUUUUGGUGAUGGAAUAUUCAAAUAAUGAUUAAUAAUGGAUUAUUAUUAAAAAAAUUUGGACAAGCUUAUAAGGAAAUCGAUUAUGUUUUCUAAAUGAUAAUAUUUUUGCAUUUUAACCAGACAAUAAAGAGAUUAUUUAAAUAUAUGAGAUUAAUAACACUAAAAAGCUAUAUGAAAAAAAAAAUGAAAUUGCUGUUUAAGGAUCAUAUGAUGGAAGUGUAUUAUUUCCUUAGAAAUUUAUCAAAGAGAAAUCGAUAUUAGUAAAUAAAUAUUACAAAUUUAUAAAUUUAAUAAAGUUGGAUCAUAAUGGUCAGUUAUUAUAAAAAUUUACAAUUGAAUUUAGCACAUACGGUAUUUUCGGUACAAUGAGUUCUAAUGGAGAAUAUUUAAUAACUUGGAAUUACAAAACAAAAGAAAUCGAAUUAAGAAAGCUUAAUGAUUGA